CGGAGGCGGGUCUCCGCUCCCCGACCCGCCACCCCCUCGCACCGUGGCGGGAGGAAGCCUCCCUCCGGGGGCCGCGCCCGGCGCGGACAAGGGUUAACACCAGCGAGCGGAGCGGAGCCGAGCGCACCGCGCCGCCCCUCGCACGGCGGCCCCGCAGCGCCGCCGCCCGGCCCCGCCGCCGCCGCCCCCCGCCUCCCGCCGCCGGCCCCAGCCCCGGCCUCGGCCUCGGCGCCGCCGCCGCGCACAUGGCCCCGGAUCUGCAAUCCCUGACUUGGCUUUAACCUCCUGGAUGGAGUGUAGAGAAACAGCUUUGUGGAGUGAAGAGAAACAGCUUUGUGGCUGUAAGCCGCUAAACACCAAGACAGUAGAGAGAUUGUUCACAAGGUGACAGGACCAUGGGCGACACACAGAAGGACAAGCUUCAUCAGGGAAGUCCUGUGAGAGCUGAACUGCAUCUGUUCCCCUCCAGAAAGCUCACGGGAGAUACACUCCAGGAUGCUGAUCAAAGACAGGACCUCAAGCGGGAGCUAGAGACAGAAAAUGAGGUGGAGAUGUCUUUUGGAAAGAGACGGGGAAGGGUAACUCCUUGUGGGGUGGAAGUCUGGGAGUGCGAGGACAGUGGCGGAGCCCACAUCAGCAAGGUUUUCCUUGCUGGGGACAAGCCAGAGCCACCCAUGUGUGGGAACGGUGCCAUUUGGAUUCAGCAGGUGGGAGAGAAAGUCUACGAGUGUCCUGAGUGUGGGAAGAGCUUCAGCCGGAGCUCAUACCUGAGCCAGCACCAGAGGAUCCACCUGGCAGAGAAACCCUUCAGCUGCUCCGAAUGUGGGAAGAGUUUCACCCGCAACUCGGACCUGAUCAAACACCAGCGGAUCCACACUGGUGAGAAGCCCUACCAGUGCAACGAGUGCGAGAAGACCUUCAGCCAGAGGUCCAAUGUGAUCAGGCACCAGCGGACCCACACGGGAGAGAGACACUACCAGUGCAAUGAAUGCGGGAAAAGCUUCAGCCAGAACUCGCAUCUCAUCGUCCACCAGCGGAGCCACAAGGGUGAGAAACCCUUUAAUUGCCCCCGCUGUGAGAAGAGCUUCAGUGACCGCUCCUCUCUGAUCAUACACCGGAGGGUCCACACUGGAGAGAAGCCCCACAAGUGCCAGGAUUGCGGGAAGUGUUUCCGGGACAGCUCGGCCAUCAUUCGACACCAGAGGAUCCACACGGGAGAGAAACCAUAUGAGUGCACCGAGUGCGGGAAAACCUUUCGGCAGAGCUCCUCCCUGGUGACCCACAUGCGAACACACACAGGUGAGAAGCCCUACAAGUGCCCCGUGUGCGGGAAGGGCUUUAGCCAGAGCUCGGCACUCACCACUCAUCGCCGGAUCCACGGGGGGAAGGCCUUGCCCAUGUACCACGGCGGCCUCCUGUCUAACCCCUACCAGUGUGCCGAGUGCGGCCGGAGGUGCAGCGACCACUCCACUCUGGCCAAGCACCAGACCACGCAUGCCGAGGAACGGCCCUACAUCUGCGUGGAGUGUGGGGACAGCUUCCGUCGGAGCUCGGCUCUCAACGUGCAUCUAAGGAUCCACCGCGGGGAGAGACCCUACAAGUGCGAGGAGUGCGGAAGAACAUUCAGGCACAGCUCAGCCCUCGGUGCCCACCUGAGGAUCCAUGCAGGAGCCAAGCCCUACGAGUGCGUCGAGUGUGGGAAAAGCUUCCGGAAAAGCUCAACGCUUAAAGUGCAUUUGAAAAUCCACGUGGCCAAGAAACCUUAUAAAUGCACGGUGGGUAGGAGAAUGCUCACUUCCCGCUCACUUCUGCCGUAGGGCUGGCGCUGGGGGCACCUGAAAAAGGUGGGUGAUGAGACGCACUGUGGGAAGAGGCUGACUGGACACGCAGUGACUCUGCUGUCAGGGCUGGGUGCUUAACCCCAGUGGCCCAAAAACCAUUAGGAGGUCCGGAAGCAGGGAGUUAGUCCUAGGAGCCAAGUGCUGGUGGUUGAGGAAGAGUGCUAAGAGCCUGAGGAAUGAGCGCCAGCUUCUAGGUAAAUCGGGGACUGUGAAUACACGGUAGAAUAACAACUGGGAGAAUCGGGCUUGUAAAAUAACUUUUCAACUAAAGUGAAGGUCUAAAUAAAAAAAAUUCCAUGUUGGUUCUGACUCAAAACUUUGGCUUGUUAGACACUGUAGGAAUCUUAGGAACUCUCUUUUUUGUUACCUUCCCUUAUUUUUCACAAAUGUAGCAAGUUUACCCAGUGUUUGACAAGGCGCUUCCAAAUCUUCUGAGUCUAAGACUUUGCAGCAGAACUUCAAUCUAUUUGUCUUUUCUUCCUCUUUUCCCAAUCUUACAUGGGACAACGAAUGCCUACCUCUGCACGCAAAGCCUGAGCGAGGCGAUAGCCGAGUUAACACAGACUGUCACGGCUGUUCACAGGGAACAUGGAUGCACAAGCAUUUCCAGCUGGAACGCCGCCUGUUACUAGGUUGUGACAGUUUCUCCCCAGUUUGUCCUUGCUGGUUUGAUACACCUUUCAGGUUUGAUACACCUUCUGACUUGGGACAUCAACAAAACAUGGGCAAAAAUGUGGCCUUACCUUGUAUAACCAAAAAAAUAUUACCCCCUCCGUGUUGUCCUUGUCAGAAUCAGCACACGAUGGGUUCCUACUGGUAGGUCAGGGACCGUUGGUGACUUUGUAGACCUUUUUAUGAUAGAGUACUCUUCUUUGGCUCACCGUUGUUGGUAAAGUAUUAAAGUUCGGUGUUAACAGUUAGGAAUUACUGUAUUUGCGUUUAUUACUAUGCCGAUGACUGUACAUUACCUAAACCUCCUCCAAAUUGCUCUCUUUUAUUACUAGCUACGUGCUUCCAUCCUAAAUAAAACCUUUUUUUCCUCCGUAUAA